AUGACGGUAAACACGGAGCGAAAGAAGUCGUUGAUCGAUGGACAUGUUGAGAAUGGAAUCGAUCUCAAGUUCUGCUUUGAUCCCGGACUCCUUGAUAGAUCUGAUUUUACUGUGGAGAAGUUCAUAAAUUUCAAUCGGAAAAGGGCGACCCUCGACCAGAUUCAUAAUGACUUGCGGGCUUUCUUGAGGCAUCUACAGAACUCUAUGGUGGAGCUCAUUAAUGAUGAUUACGCUGAUUUUGUGAAUCUGUCUGCUAAUCUUGCUGCAUUAAAGGAAUCGAUUGAUAAAGUCUCCACGGAUGUUGUGGUAAGCUAAUGAAUUGAACUAACUUCCUCUCCCAAUUUUAGUCUGCUUGGGAUGGGUUUGAAAGUUCGAACGAGUCAAUUAAGGAGACUGCGAAUUUGAUUAACCGAAAAUCCGAAGAGAUUAUACAGAUUCGACAACAUCAGGUGUCCGUACGAAACAAGAUACUGUUCCUGACAAGUCUGGAUAGACUGAGUCUCUGUUUAACCAAAAGACCGUCUGAUUUAUCCCAGAAAUGGUAAAAUUAUACAUUUCUUUACACAUUUAUAAUUUUAGGUACCUAAAGCUCAUAAAUAUUCUAAUCUCAAUCCAAGUGUGGCAGCUAAGAAUUCCGGAGAAUGAUCUAAAGUCGGGAGCACUUGUAGCAAAAGAUGUCUGUUUUGGAAAGGCCAAGAAAUUGCUGACUGAGGAUCUAGUCACAGAUUUAAGAUCGGGAUGCCAGUUUGUCAUAUUUAUUUUGGCGGGCCUGAAGUUGAUUAGAGAGUUGGAAUAUGCUUCAAAAAUAAUUUCAUACACGGUAAUCAAGAGCUCUGUGGAUGUGGUGGGAAGUGACCCUAUCGAUCAGCUGGUCAAUGCAUUUGAACAAUGUAAAAAGGUAUGGUUCCUUCGUUUAUUAUUUUCUUCUUUAGCUCCGAACUCAGUGGAUUACAAAUCUUCAAAUUCACGAUCAGUACACUCAAGAAGCCAGUCAUUUUCUGGAUGACGCUUUAAUGGAAUUUAUUUUAGGAUUUCUGGAUGAUGUGAGUAUCCCAAGAAUGGGCCACGAUUCUCAUUAUUAUUUUUAGAAUCUGAGUUCCCUUUGCCUUCCAAGUGAUCCUUCUGUCUUCUUCCGGUCACAUAUGAUAACCUACAACUUUGCCUCGUCGUUUCCACAAAUUAAUGCUCAUCCCGCAUUCCUUAACGGACUCAGGGAUCGUUAUAAUACGAUGCUUUAUGUAAAACGGCUCACCGCGCCUUUUAGAGACCAAAUGGCUUCGGCGAUUUCCGACCUUACCGUCAAGUAUAACCAGUCCGAAGACCGAUUACAUCCGUUUGAUCCUUCGAAUACUGUGUUGCGAGCAAUAGAUACCCUUUAUUCCGACAAUUAUUUUUUGCCGAACGUAUCCCCAGAGAUUUGGGAGUUUACUUUAAAACUUUUGGAACAACAUCACGAUUGGAUUAACAAGUGUUCUGAGCAAGUUGACGAUUAAUUUUGAUUUUAUUUCAAUUUAGAGUGGAACCUUGCAAAGCAGUUGAUGAGAUAUCUGGAGUAAUAUCAGUUAAAGAAAGAUGGCCGGAUCUUGUGAUUUUGGUUGCCGGUGCUCAUUCUUUUUAUACUAAACUCUACGAUUUUUGUGUGACAAAGAUUUUCAAAAAGUUCCAUGAGAUGAAUGCAGAAGAAGGUCCUUUUCGUCAAUUUGUAAUCGAGUAUAAUGGCCUGGCUGCUGAGAACCGUGCUCAAAUUAUCGACAAGAUUAUCAAAGAUUUAGUGGAGAAAUCCGCUAUUGAAUUAAUGAAGGUUGCAGAAAUUCCCAAGCACUACCGAUGGACAAAAAAACCAGCUCCAACAGCAUCCAAUCCAUAUGUUGACCAGGCAUUUGAAUAUCAAAAAAAAUUUAAAGAACAAGCCGAGAAAAUGGAAUGGAUAGCGGAAUGGAUAACAGAAACACUGAAAAGAAUACGGAGCGAAAUGGUUGAUAUCUUCUUAGAACAUGCUGGAAAGGUGAGUCUUUUCAAAGGAACAAUGUCUUAUUGUUUUAGGUUUUGAGUUCGGUUCAACAAACUGGUUCAAGUCUCCAGCGAUUUAAACGGAAGGGAUUGAUUAAUUCAGAAUCUUCUGACAAAGUGGCGGAAACUGACGAAUUCAAGAUAAAGUUACAAUUACAAUUAGACACUGCACGUGUCAGAGAAGCAGCUAAUGAAGUUGGGAUAUCUGUAGAUAAACUGGAUCAGUUCUUGGAGGCCAUCCAACAGACCGAGGCUUGA